AGCCCAAGCGGGAAGAGGGCCGUCGCCGCAUGCGCGCGCUCAGUCAGCGGCCGCGCGCAGUUUGCUUAGUGUGGGGAUGGCGGCGGCGGCGCCGGCUGGAAGCGGGACGCCCCGCGAGGAGGAGGGCCCCGGAGGGGAGGCAGGUGCCGCGCAGCCCCAAGCCCCGACGAGUGGGCCCGGGGCUCGUCUCUCGAGGCUGCCUCUGGCACGAGUGAAGGCCUUAGUGAAGGCCGACCCCGACGUGACGCUGGCGGGACAGGAAGCCAUCUUCGUUCUGGCGCGAGCCGCGGAACUGUUUGUGGAGACCAUUGCAAGAGAUGCCUACUGCUGUGCACAACAAGGAAAGAGGAAAACCCUCCAGAGGAGAGAUUUGGAUAAUGCAAUAGAAGCUGUGGAUGAAUUUGCUUUUCUGGAAGGUACUUUGGAUUGAUUGCUGAGCUGGGCAGUUUCAUGAGUUUUCUUUGCAUCCUUCUGCUCGCCCCUCUCUGCAGACCUCAGCUUUGAAGAACAGAGUCUGUGCACACAUAUAUACUCUUCCUGUUCUACUUUUACCUGAGCUGGGAUAAGCUGAGAUUGCAUCUGACAGCUUUUCUCUAUAAGGUCUUCCAUUUGUGUCUGUCUUCCACUCAUAUGUCUGCCUGGAUGCCGCUGCUGCUUGGGGCAGAAAUUGUUCUACAUAGGUGGCUUAAUGAAUGAUGAGGACCAGAAUAAAGGUCUCUGAUCACCUUCAUUCUAGUGUAUUUUAUAAUCGCCUUUGUUCUUCCCCUACUAUGCCCAAGUGCAGACCUUCCCAGUUGUCCCUGCCAGCCUUCUGAAUCACAGUCUUGUCAUUAAUUUUGUUCAUUUUUCUCUCGUCACCAGAAUAUGGUUCCAGAAUUUAUGGAAUGACUUUUUUUCUUAAUAGUCAAAUAAAUGUUAUACACUGAAAAGCAGUUUAUUCAUAUACCAUAGAAUUUGCCAUUUUAAAGUGAACAUGUCAAUAUUUAGUAUAUUCAUGGAUAUGUGCAACUCUCACAGUGAAUUUUUUGAACAUUUUCUUAUGAAUGGAAUCACAUAAAAUGUCUUGGGUCUGGCUUUUUUCACUUAAUUUUUUUUAGGUUUAUUCAUGCUAUAGCAUGUAUAGGCACCCCUUUUUAAAAAAUUGUGGUAAAAGGUAUAAUUUACUGUUUCAGCCAUUUUUAGGUUUAUACCUUAGUGAUAUUAAGUAUAUUCAUAUUGCUGUGCAAUCGUCACCAUCAUCUGUCUCUAGAUUUGAAAAAUCUUCCCAAACUCCAUUCUGGUCAUAUAGUAGUUCUUUUUCCCUUCUCCUUCAGCCCCAGGCUAAAUUCUGAUUUUAGUGAGAAGGUGUGAGUGAAAUAGGAAGAAGGCAGAGUUCUUAGGAAGCAGUGGUUAAGGAAAGUACAAGAGUUCUUGAACAGUGGUUCUUAAGAAUUUUUGGAUUAUAGACCACUUUUGAGAUAUAAAGUCCGCAGGAUCUUCUCCCUAGAAUAAUGUACAGAUGCUCAGUCUUGUAACAUUUAAAAAUAAACUUUAUUUGAAAAUAAUGCUAGAUCUACAGAAAAGUUACAGAGCCUCCUUAUAUUUUAUUUACUUAGUUUCCCCAUUGCUAACACCACUGUCAAGUACGUUUGUCAAGAUUCAGAAACUGGCAUUUAUAGGUUACUAUUAACUACACUUCAGACUUUUUUGGAUUUCACUAAUUGCUCUAUUAAUAGCUUCUUUUCUGUUCCAUGAUCCAAUCCAGUAUACUACAUUGCGCUUACUUAUGUGUUCCCAGUCUCCUCUGAUUUGUGACAGUUUCUCAGUCUUUCCUUUUUUUUCUUUUUUUUGGUACCGGGGAUUGAACUUGGGACCUUGCGCUUGCGAGGCAGGAGGCGCAACCACUGAGCUAAAUCCCCAGCCCCUUUCCUCAUUUUUUAAUUACCUUGAUAGUCUUGACUAAUACUGGCUAAGUUAUCAUAUAGAAUGUUCCCCAGCCAGGAUAUAUUUUUCUUGGGAUUAGUGUCAUAACUUUGCAUAUAAUUUUGGGUGUUACACAGGCCCUGGAGUUCCUUUCAUAGACUAUUAGUAUUAAAAACGAAUUAAAAAGGCAUGAUGGCCUUUUGUCAAAAUUAUAGGUUGCAGCUGGUAAGUGGGAUGUGAAAUAAAUGUGUUGUCACCAAAAUUUUUAAUAUAACAAAGUGACUAUAGUUAAUGGUAUACUGUAUUUUUGCAAAGAGAAAGGAUGUUAGACUUAUUAUUAUUUCAAAACAUGUGCAUGAUUAAAAACAUUUGUCAAUUUAAAAAAGUAACAGUGUUGAAUUCUAUAAAUAUUUUAAUUUUUGUUUCAUUUAUAUGUUUCUGUACUAGGUUACUGUGUAAAAUGUAUGUGCUAGGCAGUUUUGGCUCCCAUGAUUUUCACCUCCCCCAAGUGUCACUUCUAUAAAAAAAAGACAUGGAUAUGAGUACAGUUACUAAUUGGUUAACUUUAAGAUAGAUUGUACUGAUUGUCUGGAAGGGCCCAAAGUAAUCACAUGGUCAUUCCUUGAAAGCAGAAAUUUCUUCUGGAUAGAAAAGUAUGUCAAAUCCAAACAUGAAAAGGCUGUUACCUGCUGUCUCUGGCUCUGAAGGCACCAGUGAGCAGUGAGCUAAGACAUGAGCAGCUUGUAGAAGCCAAGAACGAUGAUGGCCUGUAUAGAAACAGACUAAGUCUCACAACUGUAUGGAACUGAAUUCUGCUAGUCACUUGUAUGGUGUUGGAAAUGGAUUUUCCUAUGGAGUGUCAGAUACAAAAGAGCCCAGACCAGCUGACAUCUUCAUUUUGACCUUCCAGACCUCUGACCUGUGGAACUAUGAGACAGUAAAUGAGUAGUAAGCUGCUAAACUUGUGGUAAUUUAUUAUGUCAGAAAUGGAAAACUGAUAGGACGUAUUUCUUACUUAGAGUCAAGUCUAAAAAUUGUUUGGUAUGGAAAAUCCUGGAUGGCAUUCAGGAGGCUUCAGUCUUAUCCUGCUAUUCUGAUUACUUAAGAUGAUGCAUAAAUCACUUGCCCUUCCUGAGAUUUCGUGAGUUUGAAUGGGUUAUCCUAAAGUUUCUUCCAUAUGACAUCUUUUACAAACUUUUUUUUUAGCAAAAUACAUCCCCUUUAUUAUAUAGUUGAGUUUUAAUAAAUACAUGUGAUCAUUUUUAUAAUCAAGGUGUAUGAUGUGUGAUCAAAAAUCUGGUGAAUGUUUAAAAAUUAUUACAAUAAAAGAUACAUUGCUAUUAAUCCCCUUCAAAAUACUGCUCCUUGUUUUGAACACACAUUCUGUCAUUUUUGCCACUUCCUGAAGCAGUUCUGGAAGUCUUUGUGAGUAUCUUUAGUUGUGCUGUCGUGACUAUCUCAAUGUCCCAAAUCAAUUCAAAACCUUUACCUUCUAUGGUCAUUUUGACUUUGGGGAAAAAUCCCAUGGUGUCAGACCUGAAUAAAGUAGAAGAGGACAUGUUAUAAUAUUUUGUUUGACAGAUUUGCUAUAAACAUUUUGAAUCUAUUCAGAACAUUGAAGCAGGUACAAAAAGAUACAGAAGAGGACUUCCAGAACUGCUUCAGAAAGUGGCAAGAAUAAUGAGAUAAGUGUGUUUGAAGUGAGGGGGGCGGUAUUUUGAGGAGGAUUAAUGGCAGUGUGUCUUAACCGUAGUAAAAUUUUAAACAUUUGUCAUAGUUUUUUAUUACACCAAGUAGACUACUUCAUGGUUUAUCUGAGAAGCCCAAAAUAUGAAUAAAGAGCAAAAGAAAAGAUGAAUAAUAGGAAGUAGGGAGGUAGAUCUCAAAUGGGAAGGGAAUUAGAUGAUGGGAGAAGAGGGGAAAGGGAUGAAAAAAGGAAUUAAAAUGAGUUAUGUACUUGUACCAAUCCCCGCAAGGAAUAUAAACAUUAGCUACUGCUGACAAGCACUACUGAAAAAACCCACAAAACUAAAGAAAAAGGAGAAUGGGUAAUCACCAUAAAAAUUCCUUCAUGCAAGCACAAGGACCGGAGUUCAAUCCCUGGUACCAAAAAAAAAAAAAAAAAUUCCUUCAUGCAGUGCCUUUGUA